AUCAACGACAAGAAGCCCUUCCUCAUCGAAGAGGAGUUUGACAAGGAGACGGGUCAGAUGCUGAGCGGCCUGGACAAGCUGCCCGCCGACCUGAAGCUCUUUGUGAAGGAAGACAACCACCUGUUCGACAAGGAGCUGGCCGACUGGGACCUCCUCCAGGCCCGCAAGGCCCAGCAGGAGAAGCUGGCCCUGGCCGCCGCCGCCCUGGCAACAGCCUCGGCAACCGCCGCCGCCGCUUCUUCCGCCGCCUCCCCUCAGCCAAUGAGCACGGAGCCCAGCCCGCCCGACAACUCAGACCCGCAGCAGGACCCAGAGUACAUGGAGCAGCCGUCCCCUACGGACGACUCCAAGCACCUGCAGGAGGACACGGAGAGGGCCAUCGCCAGGGCUGCCUCGGAGCACCUGGAAGAGCGGGGCCCCGAGGCCCUGCUGAACGCUGCCAUCAAGGUAGAGUACACUCGCCUGCUGAGGUUCGCUCAGGAGGACACGCCCCCCGAGAGCGACUACCGGCUGCAGCAUGUGAUCGUGUACCUGAUCCAGAACCAGGCCCCCAAGAAGAUCCUGGAGAGGACCCUGCUCAUGCAGUUCGCCGACAGGAACCUGGGCUUUGACGAAAGGUGCAAGAGCGUCAUGAACGUGGCCCGUGCCAAACUGGACAUGAUCAAGCCGGAGGAGGUCAACGUGGAGGAGUACGAGAUAUGGCAUCAAGACUACAGGAACUUUCGCGAUACAACAGUCUUUCUGAUGAUUGGCCUGGAAUUGUUCCAGAAGAAAAGUUACGUGGAGGCCUUGAUGUACCUGAUCUACUCCUAUCAGUACAACGGAGAGCUGCUGCUCAAAGGGCCGUACCGGGGUCACGACCAGGAGAUCGUCGGUCGCUACCGGAGGCAGUGUCUCCUGAAACUCAACGAGCACGCGGCGGCCCUGUUUGAGACGGGCGAGGAGCCCGAGGUGAGCGACGGGCUGAGCAUCAUGAACGAGCUGGUGGUGCCGUGCAUCCCACUGCUGCUGGUCCACGACACGGAGAAGGACCUGCUGGCCGUGGAGGACAUGAGGAACCGCUGGUGCUCCUACCUGGGCCAGGAGAUGGAGUCGAACCUGCAGGAGAAGCUGACAGACUUUCUCCCCAAGUUGCUGGACUGCUCGACGGAAAUCAAAAGCUUCCACGACCCUCCCAAGCUGCCUGUCUACUCCACCCUGGAGCUGUGCGAGCGCUUCGGCCGCGUCAUAGCCUCCCUCGGGCGGGGGCCCGCGGACGGGAGAUGAGCCGGUGGGGGCCCCCCCCCCCGCUUGUCCCUCCUCCAUCAGCCCCCCCCCCACCCCCACCCCCCCGCCUGGGGCCACUCACCCAACGGACCUCUGUAUUAACCCACGCCUUCCUUAUAACCUGGGGGUCGCUCGCCAUAGCUGUUUACUUCUUUGUUUUGUUUUUCUCUUCUUUGCUGCUAUAGGUUUUUAUCCUUAUGAAUACUAUGAUUUCAGAUGUGGUUUUUAAAAGCAAAACGCGACCAGCGAGGGGUCAGGGACAGUCCCAGGAUGAAGGAACAAGAGCGAGGAGUCUAGUGACGGCGGUCUUGCAGUGAUUAAAAGCCAGCGCAUGCUGCUCCAGCUUUGUUAAACAAAGUGGAUUUAACUUUGACAGUUUUUUUUUUUUUCUCGUAGUUGUCAGGUUUUUUUUCGUUUGUUGUUGUUGUCUUUCUGGUUUAUGCCCCCCACACCCCCAUUCCUUAAGCACCCCCUUUCUGCGUGAAAACACGACUUCCCAGCUGCUCUGCCACCAGUUUGGUACAGUAUUAUCAAAUAUUUUGUUUUUGUUUUAUUUUUCUAAAUAAAGCGACGAAGAGAAACCUUGAGAUUUAUCAGCGGCUUUAAGUAUCUCAAGUGGUUCUCUCGACCCGAGGACUGCACCAGAAUGAGAUGUUUUGAGUGCUGUGGUAGACAGCCAUGGACACCCUGUGGUUUGUUAAUAAAUCGAGAGAAUAAAGUUUUAUUUAUGGCCCUUUUAGGCCAAAUACAUA